AUGCAUGUCCCACGUGCAGAGAUCCAGAGGCUAGCUCCCAAAUUUUCCAUCUUCAGUUCUGGGACAUCGGGCAGACCCCUCCGCUGCGUCCCCGGAGACGAAAGAGGCGGGUUCGGUCUCAGCAAAGCCCAGUUCAUGGAGAAGGUGCAGCAGAGCAACGAGGCGUGUCGGCGGGGGGACUUCCAGUCCGCCGUGAGUCUGUACACCGACGCCUUGCACGCCGACCCCCAGAACUGCAUCCUGUACAGCAACCGGUCGGCAGCGCUUCUCAAACUGGGUCAACACCGGGCGGCGCUGGACGACGCUGGGAAGGCCUGCCAGCUCAAUCCCAAGUGGCCCAAGGCAUACUUCCGACAGGGUGUUGCCCUUCAGUACCUUGGCCGCCAUGCCGACGCGCUGGCCGCCUUCGCCUCCGGGCUGGCCCAAGACCCCAAGAGCCUGCAGCUGCUGGUGGGCAUGGUAGAAGCCGCCAUGAAGUCGCCGUUACGAGAGUCUCUGGAGCCCACCUAUCAGCAGCUGCAAAAGAUGAAGCUGGACAAGAGUCCCUUUGUGGUGGUCUCUGUGAUUGGCCAGGAGCUGCUGACGGCGAGCCACCACACCGCCUCCGUCGUGGUGCUGGAGGCCGCUCUGAAGAUCGGCACAUGCAGCCUCAAGCUCCGCGGCUCGGUGUUCUCGGCCCUCAGCAGCGCCCACUGGUCCCUGGGCAACGCCGAGAAGAGCACCGGCUACAUGCAGCAGGACCUGGAGGUCGCCAAGACCUUAGGUGACCAAACAGGGGAAUGCCGUGCUCACGGGAAUCUGGGCUCGGCAUUCUUCUCCAAGGGAAACUACCGCGAAGCGCUGACCAACCACCGCAACCAGCUGGUUCUGGCCAUGAAGCUGAAGGACAGAGAGGCUGCUUCCAUGGCGCUGAGCAGCCUGGGCCAUGUCUACACCGCCAUCGGGGACUACCCCAACGCCCUGGCCAGCCACAAGCAGUGUGUCCUGCUGGCCAAGCAGUCCAAGGACCAGCUGUCCGAGGCCCGCGAGCUGGGAAACAUGGGCGCCGUCUACAUCGCCAUGGGGGACUUCGACAACGCCGUGCAGUGCCACGAGCAGCACCUGGGCAUUGCCAAGGCCCUGGAGAACAAACGCGAGGAGGCCCGGGCUUACAGUAACCUGGGCAGCGCCUACCACUACCACCGCAACUUUGACAAGGCCAUGUCCUACCACACGCACGUUCUGGAGCUGGCCCAGGAGCUGGAGGAGAGGUCCAUCGAGAUGAGGGCCUACGCGGGACUGGGACACGCGGCUCGCUGCAUGCAGGACCUGGAGAGGGCCAAGCAGUACCACGAACAGCAGUUGUCCAUAGCGGAGGGACUGAAGGACAGGGCUGCAGAGGGAAGGGCCUCCUCCAAUCUGGGUAUGUGUGCAAAAUACUCAGACUUAUGGAGCAUAAGGUCACUCAUCCAUGAGGAGGUGCUAGGUGGUGUGGGGGAUUUCCAGUUCAACAAUAUCCUUCGGCGGGUGAUGGAGGUGAUGGAGGAGGUGAUGGAGGUGAUGGAGGUGGUGGAGGUGAUGGAGAUGGUGGAGGUGGUAGAGAUGGUGGAGGUGAUGGAGGUGAUGGAGGUGAUGGAGGUGAUGGAGCCAGACUGGACCACCACCAAGCACCAUCUGGGAGUCUUUCCUAAGAGUGAAAGGAUGUUAAGAUUCCCAGCAGCAGGAUCUGACAGCUCUCGCCACAAAGUCACCCGCGAGGUCACGCUCUCCCCAACGGAGGCUGAUCUGACUGAGGAUGCAAUGCCGUCUGAUCUGGCUGUACAGCGACGUAUCUGCAGCGGUGAUGACUUUGAGGGAUGGUGUCUUGUUCGGAGUAAAUCACUGUGUCAUUCCUCCAGCGAGCUGUGGAGGUCCAGGGCGCCGCCGCCUCUGCCGCUGCUGCUGACGCCGCUGCCGGUACAUGACAGCCUGCGAGUAGUUCUGCAAUGCGUGGUGUGUCCUCCCCAGACUGCCGUAGGCCAGCGUCUUGGCAGCCAGGUCGUUAGUCUGAGCCGCCACGCUCAGGUGCUGUUCCUGGAACACGACCGCCCGCUCGUAGUUACCGAGGGACUCGUAGGUGAGGCCCAAGUUCCCGUAGGCGCGGGCCUGGCGCGCGGGGCUGCCCGCCUCCUCGGCGAUCUCCAGGUCACUCUGGUGGCAGCGCAGCGCCGUCUCGUACUCUCCCAUAGACUGGUACACGGCGCCCAGACCGCAGCUGGCGUCCCCCUCCAGCAGUCUGUCCCGGGUGUCACGGGCGAUGGCCAGCUGGCGCUCCAGACACGAGAUGGCCUGCUCGUAGUUUCCCAACUGGCUGUGCAGGGCGCCCAGUUCACCGUAGGCCUGCGCCUUGCCUCCGAACUCGCCCAGCUCGUGGGCCACGACGAGCCGCUUCUCAAAGCACACCAGCGACUGCUGGAGGUUUCCCAUGGCCCUGCAGGUGUGGUCUCGCAGGAUGCUAUCGGCCUCUUUGAAGCAGGAGGAGACGUAGAAGGGAGAAGAGACGCGGGAUCCGCUGUAGGCCUUCUCCUGGUCCUGCAUGCGGUUGAGGCUCUGGGCCACCGACAGAUACUGGUCAUAGUACUUGAUGGCUUCCUCAAAGUCUCCCAGAGCCUCCUGCUGCUCCAAGUAGCCAAUGGCUUCCUCCAUCACGCCUACAUUCAUUUUGGUGAUGCCCAUAUUGCCGUACACCUGAGCCUCCACGACAGGGUCCUUCAGCCUCCGACCCAACUCCAGCUGCUCCUCGUAGCUCUUGAAGGCCAUGGCGUACUUCCCCAGGGCCAUGUAGACGGCUGCCAGGUGACCGUGGGCUUUGCACUCCCCCGACACGUCGCCCAGCUCCUGGUACACCUCCAGCUCCUGGGUGUGGUAGCCCAGAGCUUUGUCGUACUUCUGCACAAGUCUGUAGGUGGCCCCGAGGGCGGCGUAGGCGCAGGCCUCCAUCCUGCGCUCCUUAACCUGAAACAAGACGAAGAUGUCUCCGAGGUUCCCCAGAGCUCGGAAGCGAGCCUGUGCGUUGUUGAGCGACUGGGCCAGGGACAGCAGGUAUUUCUGACACUCCUCGGCCUUGGCGAAGUCCCCGAGGGCUUUGAACGCCAAGCCGAGGUUACAGUACGCCUUGGCCUGACUCAGUUUGUCGUGCAGGUCCUUGGCCAGGGCCAAGUCCUGCUCGUAGUAUUUCACCGCGUCCUGGUAGUUCCCCAGACAGUAGUGGGCGUAACCCAGAUUGUGACAAACCUUCCCUUCGCUCUCCAUGUCCUGGAGGUCCGGGGACAGGCGGAGGUACUGCUCGUAGUAGGGCACGGCCUGAGGGAACUCUCCGCGAGAGCAGUGGAAGUUGCCGAGGUUGCCGAGAGCGCGCGCCUCGCUCUGGACGUCCCGGAGCUCCCGGGCGAUGUUGAGGUGGUUCUGGUAGUGCUGCAGAGCGCGGUCGUGGGCGCCCAGCGCCUGGUAAGCCACCGCCAGGUUGCCGUGGGUGGAGGCCUGCGAGGCCCGGUCGUUGACCUCCAUGGAGAUCUGCAGCUCCUGCCGGUGGUAGCGGACCGCCUGGUCGAAGGCGCCCAGGGCGUUGUAGGCGUUGCCCAUGUUGCCGUAGGCAUCCUGAAGUUCCACGAGGUGUACCUGGGCGAGGGCGUGUCGGACGGAGGCUCAGACUUCCAGGAGGGGGGCGGCGGCGGCGGGGGGGUGGUCAGCGGCUCCUCGUUGGAGCAGCACAUCGCCAGCGCCCGCGAGGCUCUGGGGGUGGAGUCUUAUUACAGCAGCCCUCAGGGUGAACCGGUGGAGGGAAAGGACGCUGUUGUAAAACGUCAGAUGGUUAUUCAUGGACUGCUCCAGAUGACCUUGGCUGACAAGGACCCGCUGGAGGGCCUGGUAGCAGGAGGUCUGCAGGUCGAACAGGGAGAGCUUGUAAUCCGUGCUGUGCUGGGCUUCGUGGCGGAUGGUCUCAAACAGAGCCGAGGCCCGGCCAGCAGUGGGCAGACGUCGGACAGACAGGAGAACAUUAAGCUGGGUGAAUAUAACCUGGGUGUUCCUGAAGCUAAAGGCCACCACGACGAGGCGCUGGCGGUGGCGGAGCGCGGGCGCACGCGAGCCUUCGCGGACCUCCUGGUGGAGAGACAGACGGGGCUGCAGGACUCGGACCCCUACACCCCGGUGACGGUGGAGCACAUCCUGGACACGGUCAACAGCCAGAGGGCCCUGGUGCUGUAUUUCUCCAUGGCUGCCGGGUACCUGUACAGCUGGCUGCUGGCUCCGGGAGCAGAUGUGAAGACAGAUGAAGGCCGGCCGUACUGGUUCUCCAUCGGGAUUUGCUUUAAUCUCUCUGGGAACACAUAUCCACCUAGAAAGUGGGUGUGGGGCUUGAUGCACUCCAGCGGGCCCGUGGGCCGGCACCGUCAGCUGGUGAUGGUGCUGGAGGGGGAGCUCUACCUCAUCCCCUUCGCUCUGCUCAAAGGAAGCUCGUCCAACGAGUACCUGUACGAGCGCUUCAGCCUCAUCGCCGUGCCCUCCAUCCACGGCCUGGGAACCAGCGCCAAGGCUCACUCCCGGCGCCCUGGACCGGCUCCCUGUGGCGGUGUCUCCAUGGCAGCGGUGGUGGGAAACCCCCGGCUGCCGUCCCCCGUGAUGGACCGCUGGCUGUGGGGGCCCAUGCCCUCUGCAGAGGAGGAGGCCCUGAUGGUGGCCGAGCUGCUGGGCUGCCAGCCGCUGGCCGGCCCCGCUGCCACCAAGGAGCGUGUGAUGAGCGCCCUCACGCAGGCCGAGUGCGCCCACUUUGCCACCCACAUCUCCUGGAAACUAGCGGCUCUGGUGCUCACCCCGAACCCUGAGAGCGUCGCCGGGGGAGCAGGUGCAAGCGUGGGAGGUGGAACCAUGGGGAGAGGCGCCGGGGGUAGAAGGGGCAGCAGUGGCCGGGGCAGGAAGGGCUCCAUCGGGAGCGGCUACACCGUCCCCGAGUCUCUGCACAUGCAGGACGACGGCAGCGACGUGGAGAGCAUUUGUGACAGUCCGCCCCUGCAGGAGUUCCUGCUCACGGCUGCGGACAUACUGGACCUGAGGUUGCCCAUCAAGCUGGUGGUGCUGGGGUCGUACCAGGAGUCCAGCAGCAAAGUGACAGCAGACGGUGUGGUGGGUCUGACCCGGGCCUUCCUGGCUGCCGGGGCCCAGUGUGCCCUCGUGUCCCUGUGGCCUGUCCCCGUCGCGGCGUCCAAGGUGUUUGUCCACGCCUUCUACACCGCGCUGCUCAACGGCACCAAGGCCAGCGCGGCGCUGGCAGACGCCAUGAAGACCGUCCAGAGCAGCAAGCAGUACUCGCACCCCUCCAACUGGGCAGGGUACAUGCUGAUUGGUAACGAUGUGAAGCUCAACAGCCCCUCGUCCCUGAUUGGCCAGGCGCUGGCGGAGAUCCUGCAGCAUCCAGACAGAGCCCGGGACGCUCUGAGGGUUUUACUCCAUCUGGUGGAGAAGUCUCUGCAGAGGAUCCAGAACGGCCAGCGUAACUCCAUGUACACGUCCCAGCAGAGCGUGGAGAACAAGGUGGGGGGGGUCCCCGGCUGGCAGGCGCUGCUGACCGCCGUGGGCUUCCGUCUGGACUCGGUGGGCAGCGGGAUGCCCGCCGCGGUCUUCUUCCCCACCGCGGACCCCGGGGACCGGCUGCAGCAGUGCAGCACCACCUUACAGUCACUGCUGGUGGGAGAGAAAGUGGAGAUCGGAGGAGAAGAGCAGAGAGGGAUGGAGUGCAGGGAGGAGAAGUUGAGUUACAACUGUUGUGCUUUUGUGUGUGUGUGUGCAGGAUUUGACUUAUGCGAGGUGGGCCAGGAAGAAGUGGUGCUGAAGACCGGCAAGCUAGCCAACCGCCGCACCCUGCACUUUGCGCUCCAGUCUCUGCUGGCGCUAUUCGACUCGACGGAGCUUCCCAAGCGUCUGAGCCUGGACAGCUCGUCUUCCCUCGAGUCUCUAGCUUCAGCCCAGUCCGUGUCCAACCCCCUGCCCCUGGGGUACUCAAGCCUCCCCUUCUCCCCCCCGUGCCUGGACAACCAGGCCUCGGACGCCAUCUCCGUCUACAGCCUCAGCUCCGUGGCCUCCUCCAUGAGCUGCGUUUCCAAGUCCGACUGCGAUUUCCUCGGCCAUCGGCAACGCGGCGGGGCCACGGCGCACUACCCCGUCCACAAAUACCCCCACGUUCCGCGGAGUCGCUCCUCGCCUCACGGGGCGGCGGCUGCUGCCGUUGCGGCGGGGGCAGCAGGGGCAGCAGGGGCCCGCGGGGAGGACGAGGAAUACGAGGGGUUUUCCAUCAUCAGCAGCGAACCGCUGGGAAGCCACUGCGACUCUUUGCCGCUGCCGCCGGGUCACAGCCAGCGGCACCACCGGGGAGGCAGGGGGGUCGUCGCGGGGUCCGGGGCAGGAGCAGGGAGGGGCUACACCGUGUCGUCCAGGGGCAGCGUCAGCACCCCCACGUCCCCUGUCAAAACAUGCCUGGCGCCCAGUCCGAACUCCCCAUUCCAGAAGGUAAAGGGUAAGGUGAGCAGCUCAGAUACAGGCGAAUCGGACCAGUCCAGUACCGAGACGGACAGCACUGUCAAGUCUCAGGAAGAAAAAACUGUCCAUCUGGAUCCUCAGGAGCUUGCCCAGAAGAUCCUGGAGGAGACCCAAAGCCAUCUACGGGCCGUGGGGAGUCUUCAGCGAACUGGGCCCGAGGGUGCUGGAGGAACCUCGGUGCGGAGCAGCGCUUUCCGCUCCUCAGAAACCAGCGCGUUUAGCCGCCCUAACAGCAGUGCUAGCGGCCGAGCUCAGUCGUCCCCGAGGCCUAGACCGCCCUCCCGGUCCUCGUCCCUGCAGAAGAUAAGCUCCGGCUACAACAGUCCUGCGAUCUCAGAGUCUUCCCAGAAGGAGGGCAGCCAUCCUUCGCCCACUCUGGACAGCCACGCACAGUUCCGGUUAAAGUACCCGAGCUCCCCGUACAGCGGCCACAUCUCCCGUUCCCCUAGCAACGUGUCUCCAAGUUCUGGUCACCAGUCCCCGGCCGGCAGCGCUCCGUCCCCGGCGCUGUCGUACUCCUCCACGGGCUCCGGCUGCUCCACAUCGGCCGACGUCCCCGACCUGGACCGGCUGAGACGAGGCGUCAUCGAUGAGAAGGUCCAAGCGAUCCACAAUCUGAAGACCUUCUGGGCCAACGCUGCAGCAGCCCAGCAACACCAACACCACCACCUGGGUCCCGUCAGAGCCGUCCACGGCGCCCCGGGGUCCCUCGCUUCCGCCAGCAGGGACGUACUGAGCCUUCUGAACCUCUCGCCGCGCCGCUGCUCCCCCAACGAGACCCAAGACGGCCUGGAGCUGCGGGAGCUGGGGCUGCAAUCGCUAGACAGGGGCAGCAAGAACUCCUCCAACGGACACCACUGCUCCAACCCCCGAAAAGUUGCCGGCCCGUCGCCGACCAUCUCCACGAGCAGCAGCCCCGGCGCUCGUUCCAUCCGACUACCCGCCGGCAACGGGUACAAGUUCCUGUCGCCCGGAAGGUUUUUCCCUUCGUCGAAAUGCUGAGACACUU